AUGAGAAGAUUAAUAUUUAAUGCAGAUUAAGUUAGAAGAGCUUCAACUGUUUUAUAAAAGUUUGAUAUUAGAUAAAGUUUAACAGGAUCAAAGUAAGAAUUAUAUUAUAAAUUGAGUAACAAAGAUCUGAUUGAUGUCAUGGUUUAUGUUUUAUAAAAGCCUUGUGAGAUUAGAACUUCAACUGAUGUGUUUAUGUUGAGAUCAGCAACUAGAUCAAUUGAAUUUUUUAAUAACCUAGACUCAGAUUUAUUGCAUGAAUAAUGUUGCAAAUCAUUAAAAUAUAAAUAUUUGCCAGCAGGACAUUUUGUAUUUAAGGAAGGAGAUAUUGGAGAUAAAUUUUAUAUAAUAAUAAGUGGAAGAGUAUAGGUUUUGAAAGACUUUAAUCCAAAUGAUUUAUAAGCAUCGAUAUAUGAUCAUGAAAUAAAAUAACUAUCUAAUGGUGAUACUUUUGGAGAAAGAGGAAUGGAUAUGGAAGCAACAAGAACUGCAUCUUGUAGAACUUUAGAGAAUAGUCAUUUAGCUUAUUUGGAGAGAGAUAGCUAUUUAACAAUUUUAAAUAAUGUUAAGCAUUUGAUGAAAAAGACAUAUUUUGAAGAAUUUGCAAAUUUAGAUUUGUUUCAUAAUUGGAAAUUUCAAGAUAUAAAAGCAUUUUAUGAUAAAGCUUUUAUAAAGAAAUAUUCAAUGAAUGCUUGUGUAUAUAAGGAAGGAGGUUCAUUAGAUUAUGUAUAUAUUAUAAAGAAGGGUGAAUUUAAAAUAGUGAAAACAGUAUUAACUUCAACAAUAGAUUUGAAUGAAAUGUUUAUGGGAGAUUUUGAGAAGAUUUUAUUAGGAAUGAAUCAUAAAUAAAAAACAUUAUCAGAAAUAUUUGAAGCAAAAUAUCAAAAGAGAAAAUUUGGAAAUAAUUAUUAUAAAUAAAUGAAGAAAUUAGUAACAAUAAAAUAUAUAACAAGUGGUUAAAUGUUUGGAGAAAUGGAAUUAUUAAUGUAAAAUUAAAUUACUAGAACACAUUCAGUUUAUUCAAAUACUGAUUAAUCUGAAUUAUAUUAAUUAAAAGUAGAACAUUUUGAAGCUAUACUAGAUAAAAUACCUUAAAUUAAAUAAUAAUGGAUAUAAUUAUCAGAAUAAAAAAAUAAAAAUUUUAUGAAAUAACUAUUAUCUUAUGAAAAAAACUUUAAUGAUUUAACUGAAGCAAAGAAAGAAAUUGAAAAAAAUAUUAAUCUAGACUUUUUGGAAAUAGGAACUAGUGAAAAACCUAAACCAGCUAAACAACUACCUAGAAUUGAUACUGAAAUAUCUACAACCAGAAAAUAAAAAUUCAUCAAAACACAAAUAGAAAUGUAAAUGUAAUAAUAAAGUAAAAAAAAAUAUUUAAUUAAAAAAUAAUACUAAAAUAGCUACUUCUUUAAUUCAACAUCAUCAAGAAUGAGAACUGAUGAAUAAGAAUAAGAAGAAACUCAAAAUGAAUAUAAUUUUGUCCAUCUCACCUGUAAAUGA